GUGGAUUUGGUCACGUAGCUCCUUCCUCGGUUUCUUCGCUACGUGAGGCUGACUUGGAGGGAAGUGAACGUCGCUAAGAAAGGACAAAAAUAGGAGAAGGGAGCAGAAACAACAACUACCCACAAAAGCUGCCUCAGGAGCAGUGAAGUGUCUUCAUGGCAGUUCGUCGAGGACACAUUAAGUACUUGAAAGCUGACCUGCAGGAGGUGUAUGACAUGUCGAACGGUUAUGAAGACCACAUGGGAGGGGACGAGGGGAAGGACGCCAAGACCAACCUGAUAGUGAACUACCUGCCUCAGAGCAUGACGCAGGAUGAGCUGCGGAGCCUCUUCACCAGCAUCGGGGAGGUGGAGUCUGCCAAGCUGAUUCGAGACAAAGUCGCAGGCCACAGUUUAGGGUACGGAUUUGUUAACUAUCUUAACCCUAGUGAUGCAGACAGAGCUAUCAGUACACUGAAUGGACUAAGGCUACAGUCCAAAACUAUCAAGGUUUCAUAUGCACGACCCAGCUCUGAUACAAUAAAGGAUGCCAACCUGUAUAUCAGCGGCCUGCCAAAGGCCAUGACCCAGAAGGAUGUUGAAGACAUGUUCUCACGUUACGGACGCAUCAUUAACUCUCGUGUACUUGUUGACCAGGCCACAGGUACGACAGGCGCGUCCCGCGGGGUGGCUUUCAUCAGGUUUGACAAGCGGGCCGAGGCAGAGGAGGCUGUCAAAAACCUGAAUGGCCAAAAACCACCUGGAGCCUCUGAGCCAAUCACAGUGAAGUUUGCCGCCAACCCAAACCAGGUGAAGAACACGCAGCUCAUCUCUCAGCUCUACCACAACCAGUCCCGACGCUUCGGCGGGCCCGUACACCACCAGGCACAGCGGUUCAGGUUCUCCCCCAUGGGCGUUGAUCACAUGAGCGGCAUGGGAAGCGUCAGUGUCCCCGGGAACUCCACCUCCGGCUGGUGCAUCUUCAUCUACAACCUGGGCCAGGACGCCGACGAGAGCAUCCUCUGGCAGAUGUUCGGCCCCUUCGGUGCAGUCACCAACGUCAAGGUGAUCCGAGACUUCAACACCAACAAGUGCAAGGGCUUCGGCUUCGUCACCAUGACGAACUACGAGGAGGCGGCCAUGGCCAUCGCCAGCCUGAACGGCUACCGGCUCGGAGACAAGAUACUGCAAGUGUCCUUCAAGACCAGCAAGGGCCACAAGUAGAGAGAGCUGGACAAUCGGGUGUAGAGGAGAGAUGGAAAGAAGCUGCGCCAGGCUUUUAUGGCAGAAGUAUGAGUUUUCCAAGUCUGGCACAUCUGUUUGGGUUUUAGUGUAUUCAGAGUUAAAUGACAUGUUCACUCUCCUGCACCUUUGUACUUGUCUAAAAGAGUGUCUAGGCAGAUUUUUUUUUUGUUUGUUCUUUUUUUUUCCAUCUUUAUACUCAUGCUUGGGGCUUGAGGACACUCAGUAGAUUUAAUUUUUAGUGAGGGGGUGAAGAGGGAAAAAUCCCAUGAUACCGUGAUGAUAACUUUUUGAAAAUAAUCUAAAAAUCUAAAAUACUGUUCAUAUGUGUUGCAUGUAUAACUGUGGGGACUAGAUAUAGGAGGCACGCAAAUGGUUCUUAGCAGUGCACUGAAAAUACGGAGCACAAGGAAAGCCCUGCAGAUUGUUCUCCAAGUGUUGACAUUUUGGUGGUUCAUUUAAUCCGAAGAAGGCGAGGAGGAAUACUCUGCUCGUAGCCAGUGGUUGUCAUUUCGGAAAAGCAGUGCUCUGUUCUGGAUCCUCGUCAUAAGUAGAUAAUAGAUGCCUUAAAUUAUCAUCCAGCGGACACACAGACCUACAACACCACUCACUGUCUCGAGUCUAAUCUAAGAGCAAAGCACUUUUAAUCUGUUUUAGGUUACUCUGAAUAUCAGUCUUUUUGAUGUUAAUCUAUUGACUUUUGCUCGCCCUGCUAUCAGGUUAACAAUUUUAAAUAUGACGAGGUCUGGAGCUAAGUGUAUGUUUUGUUAUCCCUGUGUAAAGUGUCUUUUUAUUAUUAUUAUUAUUAUAAUAAGUUGUAUUUCAGGAGAGUCCUGUUGAAUAUGAACCCCAGUCAAUGAGUAGAGAAUUAAGAUGGACCAAAGGCAGGGAGAGACUUGAUUAUAUUACCACAGAGGAGUUUUCAGAGCAGGUUUAAGGUAAAUUUAUACCUUAAUUUGCGGGUGGAUUUUUCUUUUUUUUGAAGAGGUACUAAGGUUAUAUCUGACGCUAACUGAGAGCAACACUUUGGCUCAGAACACCGUUCUGUUUUGUUUUUUCUUUUCUUUUGAUUUAACUUUUUCUUUGUUUGGAACAUUUCAUUUUCUUUCUAAAAGGCAUUUAGGUUUUCAUUUGUUACAAUGUAAGUUACAAACUUGUUUUAACGAGUGCUUAUCUCAAGUUUGGUGAGACAUUAAUGGCCUUUGUUAAUGAUUUCAGUUUAGAUUUCUUUUCUUCCUUUCUUUUGUUUUGGUUGUUUCGCUUUGAGCAUAAAACCAUUAAAUUUUAUUUCUUUUUGCUGAAAGUUUUGUUUGGUUUGUUUCUUUUUUUCCUUUACCCUUUUUUUGUUUAAAGAUUUGGUUUGGGGCUUUGUUCUGUUGUUUUUCUAGGAGCAAAUUUGCAGUGUAGGUAAAAGAUCCCUGGUCUGGCAAAAACAGACUGUUACAAAAAGUGUUUACACUGGAGGCAUUUAAACAUCUGAGACAGGUUGAAAUUAACACAAUAUACGGACCAGUGUUUGUUAGACAAAAGAAUCUGUACACAGACACUCAAAGGAAAGUGAUUGUCCUUUGGACAUUUCAUGAAGCAACUUUUUAAGACGGACAGAAACGUUUAAACACCUUAAGUAACAAAAAUAGCAAGUUAAAGCUGGCUCAGUAAAUCAUUUUUAUUCCCGGCUGUAUGUCAAUGGCGACUCACACACAAAGUGAGGCUAGAUUUGUUGUUAAAUAUUGAAGAUUGAGGGUUUUAGACUCAUUGCUCUGAUCUUUGUCCAAUGGGGAUUACUUUUGACUAGUGAGGUUUUGUUUGCUUGCGCAGUGGAACACUUCUUAUAUCAUCCGUUUGGAAAACACAUCUUAUCACAUCUUUUUAUAGCGGCAAGUUAGUUAAACAGUCCUUUUCUCCAAGGUUUUUGAAAGUUGAAGCAUUACUAUCGGCACCCUUAUUGUCCUUGAUUUAACCUGACCACAAAUUGAACAGAGAAACCACUUGUUGAUGGUUACAAAUGUUAUAAAUACCAAAUGAUUCUUGGGAACGGUACCUGCUCACACUUGGUAGGAUUCGCUUUUAUAACCAUUUUUCUCCCAGCAAAUAUUCCCCUCACGCCUAAUUUAACACCUCUUUUAAUCUGUGCCCCCUCUGAAAGGAGAUUUCGGUCUUAAAAGUGCUUUUUUUUUCCAUGUUAUUUUUGUGUCACAAUCCUUAACUUUGUGCAAUAUUUUGUGACUUGCUCAAAGCAGGUAAUAGAAAAGUUGUUGUAGUCUUGGAUCUUUUUUUACAAUUGCUUUUUUUCUACUGACGUUUUAUGUUACUGCUUAGUUUUUUCAGCAGUCUAGUUGGCAUUGCAUGAGUAAUGCAAGUGAAUUUGUUUUAGGGGCAGUCAGAAUAAACUGCAUUCCGCCUUAAUUUAUACGUUGGAGUGGUGUAUUUUACAUCAAGAGGAGGCGCAGAUAUUUAUUUGACAAUGUAUGCGGUCAUACUUGUUACUUAUUGGAGUGUUUUUAAUGGAUUAUUUUGUUUUCUUGGUUUUAAAGGACACUAAGUUGAAGUCCAUUACAUGUCUUCUAACAUUGGAUCGUUUCAAUAAAAACAUGGUGGCUUUUCAGAAUUGAAAGAA